AUGAGGAAAGGGUGGAAGCAGGAAGUGAAGAAAUUUGCUAAAGGUUACCCAGCACGCAAACAUCACAUCCUUCGAUGCAUGGGAAACACCGGAAUCUGUAGACCCUCCUGCAGAAAGACUGAACAGCCCUACCUCUACUGCCUAAAUUAUCAGUCAUGCUGCCUCCAGUCCUACAUGAGGAUAAGUAUUUCUGGCAGAGAGGAGAAAGAUGAUUGGAGUCAACAGAACCGCUGGCCAAAAAUAUCUUGA